AUGCCUCAAAGCCUCACCUUAGGCGUUUCUCAAUCCCACACUCUCUCCUCUACAGCUGCAACUCUCAACGCGCUCUCUGAUACAGCUCACCGCGCUUCCAGGGCUGGUGUCCAUAUCCUUCUGUUCCCUGAAGCUUACAUUGGUGGCUAUCCUCGUACCUGCACCUUUGGUUCCUCAAUUGGUGCACGGACAGACGAAGGCCGUGAACAAUUUUUGCAAUACUUCCACGCUGCCGUUGACUUGGGAGAUACGCCCGGGGGUGCUGGGAGCGACUGGGUCGACAGGAAGCUGGAAGUGAAAAAAGGGUUGGAAUAUAGAGGUGAUGGAACGAGAGAAAAGUUCGAAACAGAGGCAAGAGCAUCGGGCAUAUUCCUUGUUAUUGGAGUAGUGGAGCGUGCAGGUGGUAGCUUGUACUGUUCCGUCGUAUAUGUGUGCCCUCGAUUGGGAUGUGUCGGAAAGAGGAGGAAGGUAAUGCCUACUGGCACUGAACGAUCCAUCUGGGCCCAAGGCUCUACGUCCACAUUGCGGGCUGUGACUACGACAAUCAAUGGUGUGAAGCUGACGCUCGCUGCUGCUGUUUGCUGGGAGAACUACAUGCCCUUACUACGAUUCUCGUUAUAUAGUCAGAAUGUCAAUCUCUAUUUAGCACCUACCGCGGAUGCUAGGGAUACGUGGGUCCCUCUAUUACGAACGAUUGCUCAAGAAGGAAGGUGCUUUGUCCUCAGUUCCAAUCAAUGCGUGAGGAGAAGGGAUCUGCCUAGCUGGAUCAAAGGGUCAGGGAAGCAGCAGAGCGCCGGCAAUGCGGAAGGAGGUUCUAAGGAGAGUAGAAGGACUUCGAUUGUGACUAAGACCGAAGAUAAUCAUGAGAUAACAUGGCCGGCCCCAAAAGGCGACAGGGACAGCAAAGCCGCUCUCAGCUUGACCAACGGAGCCUCUUCGUCGCCUUUACGUGUCAGCAAGAUCGCUUCGGCUGACAAUGUCAUUCAGGAAGACGAUACAUUGCCGGAACAGACCCCGGAUAAUCAUUUGUUGGCAUUAACGUCUAGUGUUUCUGAGACCUCUCCUCUUGAUACGGCAAGCUCAAAUGUGUCCAACCCCCGAGCAGCGAUGAGUUUGUCUGCAGAGGCGGGUCCUGUAUUGUCUCACCAGCAGGGAGAGUCAUUGCUGGCCCUGUCUGGGAGGCUGAGGGCGACCUGCUUACAGCGACCGUUGACUUCGAAGACUGCGAGCGAGGAAGACUUGACCUCGACCUUGCCGGAAGCUACAGUCGGAUAG